UCGGUUGGUCAUUAUGGACGCCGCAUAUGCUGUAAUACAGCUACUGCUGGGUUCAUAUUAUCGCCCCCAGCUAGUGUCGCUCUAGAGACGUCGGAGCGCAGCCUUGUGCUGAAACGCGUAGAUAAGAGGCGCUGGGAGCCUCGAGUGGUGUGUUUGCUGGGUCUCUGCGGCCUCAUCGUACUUCUAACCAUGGGUGACAAUUCAGAUGUGCGGCAGGCUGAGCGUGGUCGCAUUCUUGGUAGUCACGAUCCAAUCGAAACGCUACGCAAUGCUCAGAAGGAACCCAAGCAGCGCAAAUAUUUUGAUCAAAACUUGCAGAACCAAGCAUAUUUGACUGGUGAUAUUUUCGAUAGUCUUACAAUCAAGAAGUAUCAAAAUCAAUGGGACAUCACCACCAAUUCCCACGAAGACGACCACCAUUACAUAAAGCAGGUCAAGAAGCUGUCUACCAGAUGGCCACAUUUGAGACUACUCGCCGAUUUUAUGGAGAUUGGUACGACGCCUCUGCAAUGGCCAGAUUUGCGAAUGAAGGUCGAUAGUCGCAUUGAGCGGUGGAGGCGUGUCAAAAUUGCUCGACUUGACUACCUCAAUGAUGGUGUCAGGCCAGUGAGAACCGACUAUGUUGACACCAAAAGUCUUCAUAGUGGCCUCAGGGAAACUGAUCUGGCCUCUGGAAUGCGCCUCUACGUUGUUGAAGAUCUCUCUCGCGAUGUUAUCGAAGCACUAGGAUGCAAGUACCGCGUUGAACCAGAAUUCUUCAGGGAGCACAUGUUAGACUAUGCGUGGUGUAAUGUCCGUGAUAGAUGGGCACAUCCACCGAAACUAACUUCAGUCCGCAAGAAGCAACGGUGGAUACAACUUCGCUACGUUACGCCACGCUAUUUCGAAAAUGGAGAAGAGUUCAAGCUAGCAAAGGAGCAAGCAGGUCAUUUUAACGUGGCUAGAAGACCGGAUGAUGAUCAAAAUGGCGAGGGCCACUGGGACACUCGUGGAACCGUCGUUGGUCUGACCAGAUCGCGGGCGUCCUUCUGGUUGCAACCUGCUGUCCCCGGAAAGGCUGCAAUUGGUAUCAUGCUAGUGGAUCCCAGCAUCAAAGCCGGAAAUCCACUCUGGUAUGGUUAUCGUGAUUGGGAGGAGACUCCGCUACCAGAAGAUAUAAUCGCUCAGUCUAAAGACGGAACCUCAGUACAGGACAACACGAAAUCCACGGCAGAACGCAACAAUAGAAGACAGUCAUCAUCGAAUACUUCUGACUCCUAUUUCAUGCCUGACCGUGGAGCGCCCCAAACGCCCCUCUUCGAUGACGUUGUCUACUGGGCUGAACGGCCUGCCGCUUUUGCCCUGCCUCCUUCGCAGACGACGAUCACUUCUGACUUAAGCAACAAUGUACCCAUGCAAGCCCUUAUGCAUCUGAUCUGCUCCAACUGGCUUACUCUUGCGGAAUACAUCCGUACUCGGCUGAUCCAGAUCGAUUGGGAGAUUGCUUUUCCUGACGAGUUCUUACCAGCAAAGAAAGCCGGCGUCGAUCCUCCUCUCCGGAAGCUUCACGUCUGGCGACGGCUAGUUCCACUGUAUCGCCAGAUGCUCGAGGAGCUGUUCAAACGGUUGGCCGAUGUGACGCCACACAAGCGUUACAUCGAGGCGUUGAUGGAUCCCAAUUGCACUGUUCCGGAUGCGAGAGACGCUCCUGACUCGUAUCCUACCAUACUCCAGGAUUUUGCAGAGGCUCACUCGACUAUGUGCGAACAUCAAACACAUAUCGAACGGCUAACAAGCAUCGUGACCGCUACUAUAUCCAUCAUCGACACUAGACGCGAGCAAGAAAACAAUACAAAUAUUGCUCGCUUGACAUGGCUCGCCACUUUCUUCAUACCUCUAGGGUACAUCGCCUCACUAUUCAGCAUCCAACCUGAUGUGGGCGCACUCAUAGAGAGUUUCCGCUUGUAUUUUUCCGCUGCAUUACCUAUAUCGUUUCUGAUCAUGGCUAUUGCUCUUAUCACGACGCAGAGUGCCGUCCGUGACUUUCUGAGACAGACGCUUGGCAUUGAAAAGAAGGAAAGGACCAAGAUAUCGCAAACGAAACAACAGAUUACGGAUGGCUGGGCUACACGGUCAAACCCAGGCGACAGAAUGGGCUGGCGGUUGCUAAAGAAGUCGAAGAAGCCCGCGUAUCGUAGCUCUACCGAGGAAGCACACAAGAAUACACUCCCAGGCGCGAUACACAGAAACGAUAUCGGUACAAGUCAAGAGGUCUAGGUUCUCACUGUACUGAAAGCUCGGAUCGUCGCCAAAGAUGAAUUCCAGGACGAUGUUUAGAGACUUGG